AUGGAAAUCUCCCCUGGAAACACAACAUACUGGGUCCCAAAAUAUGAUGCGAAAAUGAAACUAACCGUUGGGCAACAAUUUAAGCGUCUUGAAGAUGGCAUAGAGUUUUACAAAAAAUAUGCUGCAUUAGUUGGGUUUGAUGUGCGACGUAGUGGUGAUAGGAAAAACAAAGUGGGCAAAGUACUGCAUAAAUAUUUGGUAUGCUCACGUGAAGGAUUUAAGCAAGUUGCAUACCUCGAAAAAAGGGAAACAAGUGAAACGGUGAAAAGGCGUCGUCCAUCAAACAGGGUUGGUUGCGGUGCACACAUAAAAUUUAAUACAAUCGGGAAUGGUGGAUACGAAGUGACAUCAUUUGAGGAAAGGCACACCCACCGUUUGUGCGAAGAACAGUCUAAACCAUUCAUGAAAGUGAAUCGCAAGCUAGACAUGGGGCAUAAAGACUUCAUCGAAAAAUGUGGAAAGGUUAACAUUGGAGCAAGCAAAAGCUUUAAUCUAUAUGGAGAAAUGGUUGGUGGAGUUGAACAUGUCGGUGCAACUAGUACUGAUUUCAAGAAUCAUAGGAGAAAGAUAUUGGCAUACAUGAAAGAACGGGACGCCCAAGAGCUUGUCGCCAAAUGCCAAGAAAGAAAGGAGUAUUGGCCAGAUUACUACUUUGAGUAUGCCGUAGACGACCAACAACAAUUGAGUCGUAUAUUCUGGGCCGAUGAACAUGGACGCAAAAGCUUUGCCCACUUUGGAGAUGCAAUGGCGUUUGAUGCAACAUACAAAACGAACAGUUGUGAAAGUUAA